AUGGUAGCAAAAUCUGAAAGUGGUAGUAAUGUCGAUCUUGAUGAGUUAGCAGCCUUGUCCCAAUUGACUAGCUUACAUAUUUUUGUUCCAAAUAACCUUGAUUUACCACCAAAUUUCUUGUCGUCCCAAAAACUAACCAACUUUAUCUUAAUAAAAGAUGUUAAUCCAUUUACCCAGUAUAAAUCUUCUUUUGAAAAAUAUUUGAGCGAAGAGUUGUACUCAUCAAGCAAUAUGGAGAUCUCAUUGACUAACAUUGCAAUGAUAUAUGACAAGUUUAGAGAUUUGGUCAAAAGAAUUGAGAGACUAACUUUAAAAUAUAUUGUUGAUUUAGAGAGUAUCAGUCAAGACCUAACUGAAGAAGGGUUAAAUGAAUUGAAGUAUCUCAAUUUCAAAAGAUGUGAUGAGAUAAGCUAUCUCUUCAAUGCAAGGGAAUUGACACGAAACUCCACUUUCCACAAUUUAGAGGAAUUGCAUCUCAUUGAGAAUUACUACCUUAUUGCACUAUGUAAUGGAAAGCCUUCUGCUAAGUCUUUUUGUAAACUAAAAGCUUUAGAAGUGAAAGGGUGUGAGCGCUUGUUAAAUAUUGCACCAAGUCAUUUGUUACAAAGGUUUCGAAAUCUUCAAACUCUUAGAGUAGAACAGUGUAGAUCAUUGGUGUAUAUAUUUGAUUGUGAAAAAAUUAAGAUUGAAAAGGGAGAGACCAAGUUACUCUCGUCGUUAGAGUAUUUGGAUUUGGUAUAUUUGAAAGAGAUGUCACAUAUAUGGAAGGGUGACCAUCAAUCCAUAAGCCUCCAUAACUUGAAGAGAGUAUAUUUGGAGGCAUGCUCUAAGUUAAUAAAACUAUUUUCAGCAACUAUACUCCAAAGCCUUAUUUGUUUGGAAGAAGUAAGAAUAAGAGAUUGCUAUAAUUUAAAGGAGAUCUUUGAGAAGAAAGAAGCAGAGGAUGUAGAGUUAGAUCACACUAUAACCUCCCUAUGUUUGGGAAACCUGACUUCUUUAGAAGUAAGUUUUUGUUAUAAUUUAGAAAUCCUCUUCACACCCUCAAUUGCCAAACUCUUGGUGGAGCUUAGAGAACUUAAAGUAAUGUAUUGCCAUGGAAUACGAGAAAUAAUCACAAAUGAGAAAGGAGAAAAAGAAACGUCAUUAGAGAGCAUUACAUUUCCUAGUUUGGAAGACUUGGAACUCAGUGAUCUAAACAAACUCACUUGUUUUAGCUCUGGGUCAUAUACUAUUGAAUUCCCAAAAUUGAAAUUCUUAAAUAUCUCUCGAUGUGGAAACAUGAAGACCUUCUGUUCUGGAAAGCUAGUGAUACCCAAGGUUAAAAAAGUGUGUCUUGAAGGUACUACACAGGAAAUGGGACUGCAAGAGAAGCUAUGCCAAGUCGUGAAAGUGGUAUGA